AUGGGGAAGGUGUGGAGCCUAGGAGGGGGAAGAUGCCAUUUGCAGGCCGCAGAAGUUGGUGGGCAGCCUGCUGCAACCUGGAUAGUGGUGUCCUUCUGCCUGCCUGGCGCCCUGGCUGAGGGGUCCUGCACUCGGACCUGCCCCUCUGCCUGCUCCUGCAGCAGCUUGGAGCGCGGAUGCUUAGUGCGCUGUGAUCGCGCGGGCCUCCUGCGGGUGCCAGCAGAAUUCCCGUGCGAGGCGGCCUCCAUCGAUCUGGACCGGAACGGCCUGCGCAUCCUGGGAGAGCGUGCCUUUGGCACGCUGCCGUCACUGCACCGCCUGUCGCUGCGCCACAACAACCUGUCCUUCAUCACUCCCGGCGCCUUCAAGGGUCUGCCGCACCUGGCCGAGCUGCGCCUGGCGCACAAUGGCGACCUGCGCUACCUGCACGCCCGUACCUUCGCCGCGCUUGGCCGCCUGCGCCGCCUGGAUCUGGCCGCCUGCCGCCUCUUCAGCGUGCCCGAGCGCCUCCUGGCCGAGCUGCCAGCCCUGCGUGAGCUCGCCGCCUUCGACAACUUGUUCCGCCGCGUGCCGGGCGCGCUGCGCGGCCUGGCCAACCUGACGCAUGCGUAUCUGGAACGCGGCCGCAUCGAGGCAGUGGCUUCCAGCUCGCUGCUAGGCCUGCGGCACCUGCGCUCGCUCAGCCUGCAGGGCAACCGCGUCCGUGUCGUGCACAGCGGCGCCUUCGAGGACUGCGUUGCCUUGGAACACCUGCUGCUGAACGACAACCUCCUGGCCGCGCUGCCAGCCGAUGCUUUUCGCGGCCUGCGCCACCUGCGCACACUCAACCUGGGUGGCAACGCACUGGACCUGGUGGCGCGGGCCUGGUUCACAGACCUGGUCGAGCUGGAAUUGCUCUACCUGGAUCGCAACAGCAUCGCCUUUGUGGAGGAAGGCGCCUUCCAGAACCUCUCGGGCCUACUCGCCUUGCACCUCAAUGGCAACCACCUCACCGCACUCGCCUGGGCCGCCUUCCAACCUAGCUUCUUCCUGGGCCGCCUCUUCCUCUUCCGCAACCCGUGGCGCUGCGACUGCCAGCUGGAGUGGCUGCGGGACUGGAUGGAGGGCUCUGGGCGCGUAACUGAUGUGCCGUGCGCUUCCCCAGGCUCUGUGGCCGGUGUAGACCUCAGUCAGGUGGCCUUUGGCCGCUCCUCUGAUGGCUUCUGCAUAGAUCCCGAGGAGUUAAACCUCACCAUGUCCAGCCCCAGCCCAUCCCCAGAGCCAGCAGCCGUGACCCUAAACAGGUUCAGCAGCCUCCUCUCCAAACUGCUGGUCCCCAAGGUUACCCUGGAGGAGGUCGCCAACACCACAGGGGGCCUGACUAAUGCUUCCGUGGUUGACAGCUUUCCCUCCCGUGGGGAGGGAGGCUCAGGCCAAAGACCGGCCUUUUUCCUCACCUCCUGUCUCCUGACCUCGCACGUGGUGUUUGGCUUGCAGAGGGACUGACUGAACCUGCUACCUUGGGAUGUCCCAAACUG